UUUUCAUGGAUUCGUAUUUUAUUUACCUUCAAUCAUCGCAAAUACAAAGCUAAUUUUUAUAAAAAAUCUUUUGUCCACCAUGUACGGAUGGAAUAUAUUUUGAGAGAUGUCUAAAUUAAUUUUAUAAAUAAAGUUAUUUGUGACGGCGGGAGGCUUCGUAGUCUAUUUAGAUUUACAAAUAGUUUUUCCAAAUGUGUUGUUUUGAUAGAUAAUGGAUCCAAGAAUGUGUAGGAAAAUCUGUAGUAGUGAAAGUCUUCCAGAUGCUGAAAAUGAGGAAUUUGAAGUAUCAAACAUUAUUGCACCACAAGAAAGUGAAGAUAAUUUCUUAUUGGAGGGCAGUCCUGAACGACACUCCGUUACUUGGCUCGACGACGAUCAAAUAGAUGAUUUAGAUCUUAAUUUAGACCAGACUAACCUAUUUUUUCAUAGAGUCGAUAGUGCAGAUGUAAUAUACAGAAGUAAGAAGAAAAAAUGCAAAAUGGUUGGAAAGUACGUAAUGGGCGACGUGUUAGGAGAAGGUUCGUAUGGCAAAGUUAAAGAGAUGCUGGACUCUGAGACCUUAUGUAGGAGGGCGGUUAAAAUAUUAAAAAAACGGAAGCUGAGAAGAAUACCAAACGGUGAGCAAAAUGUACAGAGGGAGAUACAACUACUGCGAAUACUUAGACAUAAAAAUGUGAUAGAACUAGUCGAUGUUAUGUACAAUGAUGAGAAGCAAAAAAUGUAUUUAGUAAUGGAGUUUUGUGUGGGUGUACUUCAGGAUAUGCUUGAAUCAAGCCCUGGCAAGAAGUUUCCUCAGCGCCAAGCGCAUGAUUAUUUUAUUCAGUUGCUGGACGGCUUAGAGUAUUUGCAUGGCCAAGGUGUGGUUCACAAAGAUAUUAAACCAGGAAAUUUAUUAUUGACAUUAGACCAGACACUGAAAAUAACUGACUUUGGAGUUGCUGAAGCAUUAGAUAUGUUUUCUCCAGAAGACACAUGUUACACGGGGCAAGGUUCUCCAGCUUUUCAACCACCCGAGAUAGCCAAUGGAGCUGAACAAUUCUCUGGUGUCAAAGUCGAUAUAUGGAGUAGCGGAGUCACAUUAUACAACAUGACAACUGGGAGGUAUCCUUUUGAAGGUGAUAAUGUUUAUCGGUUAUUAGAGGCAAUAGGCCGAGGGGAACCAGCCCCUCCGCCAUCUUCUGUCGGGACUUUACUUGAAACUCUUUUAAUGCAUAUGUUGAAGCGAAAUCCUGAUGAAAGACCAACUGUACAGGAAAUUAAAAGGCAUGACUGGGUGCGCGCGCGGCCGGCGCUGGCGGCGGGCGAGGCGGCCGUGGGCGCGCGCUCGCGCCGCUCGGACGAGCUGCACAGCUCCACCGUCGUGCCCUACCUCGUCGAGCGCCACUACGCCACGCCGCACCACUACUUCACCGAGCACGACCUGCGACACGAGCUAGGGGAUGGCGGGUCGCGCACGAUGUCGACGGCAGAGCUGUCGGACGCGGAGUCCACGCAGUGCAAACGGCGCUGGCACUCGUCGUGCGGCCGCCUGCCCUCGUGCCGCCUCACGUGAUCCCCCCAGUGACCCCCCUACGUCACUGUCGUCGGUCCCCUGGCGUGGCUAUCGUUACUGAGAAUAUUUGUAUGUACGACGGAUUUAUGUGCAACGUGGCGUCGAGAUCUGCCUUUUGUGAUGUCCGGUCUCCUCGAGCGCUUUGUAAUUACCGCAGACGUGAAUCGACGGGCCUCAGUAGUUUUAUGUUUUUGUCAGUUGCACGUAAAUCGUAACGUCGCGUGUUGGCGUUUGACGUGAUUUAUUUUGUGAAACUUAUCGCUACUUAAAAAUAUUUUUGUUAAUUAUUUGCCCCCGUUGCUAGGCCGAUGGAAAGUAUGACUCACUUUCUGUUGGCUCUGUCGCAUGUUUUCUGUAAUUAUACCUGAUCGGGAGGAUUUUUUAAUCAGUUUAUCUUGUAUGCUAGCUUUACCGGUACAUACCUAUUAUUUGUGCAAUCAACACAUAAAGGUAUUGACUACCUUUUACUACCAAAAAAAUAAAUAAAUUUAUAGCUAGAAAAUAAAUAUCGAAAAAAGUUUUUAUUUUUGUGUCAAUCACUUGUUAAAGAAAAAAAACCUUAUUUACUAAACAUUUAAAGUGAAGAAUACCUCGUUUUAGUGUCACUGAUUACUUUCAAUUUAGUUGCCUUUAUAUUCAUGGAUUUUUUUAAAUAAAAACUCCACUUCGACUUCGAGACAACCUCUUAAAACAUACUAAAUAGCCAAUAUAAUAAAGAGAUUAAAAGUAAAACAUAUAAUUUAAAUGUCACAUUCUUACUUGUGAGCUAUUUUAUAAAAAAAAAAAAACCAUUGUGCCUUGUAGUGCGUGUUCAAACUAAGAACCUUGCCAGUAUUACCAUAAGAAAAAGAUAAUGAUAUAUUAAAAACACACAAGUAAGGAAAUGAUAUAAAAAUGACACACGAGUCUCGAGUGCUAUUUGGUACUUUUGUGUCUAUUAUUAAUUGUUAUGCGUACAGACAAGUAUCCUAAAAUAAUAUGGGAAAGAAGAACUGUCAUAUAGAGUACAUUUGGCAUUCAAAAAUCGAACCGAAUACAACUACAACAAAUAAAAAAACAACGCCAGAAGUUUAAAUAUGUGGCACAGCGGUAAAUAAGCCGUUGAGAAAAAAAAAUAUUGCUAAGUAUUACGUGGAAAAUAUAAAAUCGCAUAUUAUUAUAAAGUCGACAAAAAAUAAAUAGAACUAUAAAAACUAUUUAAAUUGAUAGAAGGGAAAAAAUAUUAAGUUAUAUAUACAAUGUGUUAUAUGUAUGCGAAUAAUGUGUGUGUGCCGUGUAGAGCUGGCGUUACUUGGACUUGCAUUUCAUUACUACUAUUUCCUUAAAACAAUUCUUCAUAUUUAUAAAUCCCACCGACGGAAGUGUCCGAAAAUCUUCUCAUAUUAUUUUCUUAAUAGAACAAUCUAUCCUAUUAUUUUUCCAGAAACAUAAACUUGUACAUACACAAAUUUUCAAAAUUAUCGUUUGUGCGUAAUUUAACGCUAUUUCUACGAUUACGAUCAUGAAUAUUUUUUGUUGGCUAAUAAAUGUUGGCUCUUGUAAUUAUAACAUUAAAUUUAUAUACAGUCAUGAUAUUUGUAUCGGCAUUAAGUCAUGUAACUUUGAAGUUUUAAAGUAAACCGCAGUAGCCGAUUUUACGACAAAUACAACAAGCUCCACGUACGCUUUACUGCGUUUCCGCCGAUCGUUUAUUCUUAUAGGAAGUUCGAUCAUACCUUUUUUAUCACCAAGCUGAUUUUUUAAAAGGAAUGUACAAGAUAACAUUUUAUUUUUGGUAAUAACUUGGCUUGGUAGCUGGUCACCACUGCCCAUAGACAUUGGCGCCGUAAGAAAUUUUAACCCUUUUUUUACAACGCCAAUGCGCCACCAACGUUGGGAUCUAAAUGUAUACGACUCCACAAUAGACACAAAGUUACAUGAUGCAAAAUGUACAACACGACGGUUUUUUUUUAAUGUUUCGCCACUUGAUAAUAGAUGGCGCUACAUGAAGUGUUGUGCUACUUCCGAUUAAUUUUAAACAACGAAAAAAUGUUGCCUUUGUACUAAACUUAUUUAUUUAUUUUUUAAUUAUGAAACUGUAACACUAAUAUCGAUAAAGACACCAUUGAUUUUUUCUAAACAUUUAUUAGUACGUAGUGAAAUGCAUCUUCAUUACAAUUGAAUAUUUGCUUAUCUGAUCUCGCUGUCGCGUUUGAUCUCAAAUGUAAAAGGAAAAGGUGGCAAUAAAAAUAUAACAUCGUUUAAACAAAUAAAAUAAAAGCUUAUAUUAUUUUCUCCGAGAGUCCAAUACCACCAAAUCGAUGUAGCAACCUUUUAAUUGUGUUGUAAGUAUAUCACUUGAGGGCUGUUUUACGAUUAUUGAUUUAUCAACAAUUAACUGGUAAUUAUAUUAGUUUCUGCAUCCAUAAUUUCACCGAGGAAAACUUUAAAUUGUAUAAAAUGUCAGUUCGUACAUAGUACUUGCUUAUUUGGCAGAAUUUCCUAGUGUUUUUCAUUUAGAAUAUUUCACAAUAAACAGAAGAUAUAAUGGAAAACAAAAAAUAAAGGAAAGAGUAUUUUCUAUUUUCAGAUAUGCGUGGGUUUCAAUUGUUUGGCAAUUAAGACAACCAACCUAAUAAACGUAAGACAUUAAAAUUUUAGGUAAGUUUGACAGGUUACCAGAGCAAGUCGAUGUCACUUGAGACUGGAGUGUCGAAUAUUCGGACUCUGAAUUCGUUCCUUUAAUAUGUUGCAAGUAUAUGUAUAAUAUAAUACAUAGUUCGUAGUUGCAAUGAAGACUCGCUGCCGCAGGGCAAUAAACGUGCACUUUGUUUUACUCGCUAUUCUAAGAAAAGUCUAUGAUGUCAUAGUGACGCUCCAUGCUAACAUCGAUGUUUUAAAUGAUAAAAAAGGAAACUGGAAAAUAUCGAAUUAACAAAAUUAAUGAUAUCGGCGAUUAAUUCAAAUUGAUUAAAACAUACCGGAUGAAAUAUGAAAUUUAAAUUCGUGAUCGAACAUUGUUUAUUUUAUCUUUAUAAAAGUAUUCGAUUUUACUAAAGUUGUAUUCGAAAUCGAAAUGUAAUAAAGUUGCGUGUGUGACGUGACGUAUUUAGAACGUAGAAUGAAUGCAAAUAAAUUUACGUAUUACAGCGUCGAACUAGUGAAAUGUACUUAAAUGUGUCGAAACAGUAGGUAAUUUUUUUUUUUAAAUCUAUAAUAGGGCAAACAGCCCUCAGUGAUAUCGUUUUUUUUUUAAAUUGCAUGUUAGGUUAAUAUUUGUUAAAUGGAAAUUUAAUGUGUUAUGCGAAUUGUAUGCAUACAUUUAAAAGUUCCUCAGUGUAUUGUUGAUGUUUAAAAUGAAAAAUACGUCGUGGCGAGAAAGAGCGUUUUCAUUUUCGGUUUUGUUCCAACAUUAUAUAUAACGCUCUCGAUCUGACCUCACUUUUUCGUGAUGAAUUUCUUAAUUCUUUUUUUUUUAUAAAAUUUAAGUAUAGUAUUAGGAAUAUAUAUUUCUAUAACCGUCGUCUGUAUGAUUGGUUACGAAAAAACCAACUAGUUGAAAUCACUACUGCUAUUAAAAUGUUUUAUAAGUAGAAUUAAUAUUAUAAAAUACUUAAUAUUUUCAUAAUAACAUUUUCGUGAAAAAUUUCGACCCAUAACUUUACUCCUACAAAUAUAUAAACAUUAGAAUGUUAAAACGGUUUGAUGUAGAUAAAUAAAUUAUAAAAUUUUGUAAUAAAUCAAUCUAUAAAUUUUUCUAAAUCAUUAAUAGUAAAUAGAAGUUGUAACAUUUAUUUGAUAUUCUUUAUGUAUAGUAGGGAUAGAGCCCGUUUACAGUCAACAGUAGUGAUGUACCGUAAAACAUACAGUUUUCGAAUUUAUCUCUUCUCUGCCCCAAAAACAAAAUAAUUACUAUCGAAAUUGUACUAACUAGUAUAUCGAUGUCGUGUAUCGCUUAUCACUUCGUGUGUUCAGCGACAUUCGUUUCCGCCAGGGCCGAAUUUAGAGGAUAGCAAAAGGGCUGCACGCUUGACAAAAAAAUAUGUUUAAUUUUUAUAUCUCGUGUUGAUGUCCCUUAAAUCCGGUCCUGAUAUAAGUAGAAUAAUAUAUUCAUCUCUAUGUAAAAUGUUUGUUUAUUUGAUAUUGCACUAUUUUGGUAUCUCAGCAUACUUCUCGCUAUUGCAUUUUGCCCAAUCAUAUUAAAAUUAAAAAAUUAUAUUCUUAAGUCACCUCUGGAUGACUCGCGACAACUUUGUCCAUUCGUUUAGUAAUAUGUGUUUUUUUUUUAAUUGUGCGAUUGUAGCCGGUAGUUAAUAGAUUAUAAGUUAAAUAAGCCAUUGUAAUGAGAUUAUUGUGCAGACAAUAUUACAUCGCCAAAGGCGAAUUAAAACCUUGUAACCUUCUCGAUUUGUUUAAAGAAAAAGUGAGGUCCUAUAUGUUACUUAAAUUUUAUUUGUGAUGCUUAAACUGAUGUAUGUGCAGUGCCUGAACUGAUUAUGAGCAACGUUAAACAUAUUAAAU